GAUAUUGUAUGAUUCGCUGUAGGAAUUCGGAUGGUAUUGAAAAAAAUAAAAAAACACUUUUGUUCUCGUCGUUCGAAUCGAAUAGAACAUGGCGGUGCUGAGCAGGACGUGUUGAAGAUUACAGUUUUUUGCAUUCGCGAUUAGCAAUAUCAAUAAGCAAUAUUUAUAGUAAAAUUUUGCCAUUCUGUGAAUUAUUGUUACUAUUUUUAGUUCAGCAUAGUGUUCUAGACAUUUAGAAUUUUUCAAUGAUAUUGCAAUGAAAAUUAUUACUUCACUGGUGGUGUAAAAAUAAUUGUGACAAAUAUAGCACAUUAUUUCAGGUCGUUGGUAAGGGGUCAAUAACUGGUGACUAUUUCGGUAUUAUAGCAGAACUGAGGUCAAAGAGGAGGAUUUUUAUUUCUUAAAAUAUGCUAAGUCAUUACUCAUUCGCCAGGAUGUUAUAAUCCCUUGGCUAGGGACCAUCUUGUUGAAUGCAACUGCAUUGUACGCCUGGCGAAUUGUGUUCGCGUGGAGGGUGCGGGGUAGUUGAAGAGGAGUGCGAGGGGCGGGGUCGUCCGGCAGUCAGCUGUGCGAGUGUCAUGUUGUCGCGUCGUAAUGCGCCGUGGGAAGUGCCCUAAAUUAUAUCUUCUCUAUUGAAUUUUGGCGAAAUUCAAAUCAAGUCCAUGGAGAUCGUUGACCCAAUUUUUUUAUGAAUCACAAUCUCAUUACUUCACUUUGAUUAGUUCAGGAUAUCAGUGAAGCCGUGGAGGUCAUGGCUACACUCAUCCAAGAGAAUGGUAUUAAAGAAUUAAGCAAAGCUACACAUGGAGUAGUUAGUAACCAUGGAAUGUCUAAUCAUACACAUACAAUGCCUAGACACAUGGUACCCGACCAUGAAUAUUGUGAAGCAGGUAAUCCUGGACAGCCACCACAACAGGGCCUGGAUCUUGGAGAUGGAGUUCAGCCAAUGGCACAAGAGGAAGAGGAAGAAACUCCUGAAAUUGACAUAGUGAUAAACAAUGUUGUGUGUAGUUUUAGUGUUAAGUGCCACCUGAACUUGAGACAGAUUGCGUUGAAUGGUGUGAAUGUUGAAUUUCGACGUGAAAAUGGUAUGGUGACUAUGAAGCUGCGACGUCCUUAUACGACUGCAUCAAUUUGGUCGUCUGGACGCAUUACAUGCACAGGUGCAACAAGUGAAGACCAAGCUAAAAUAGCAGCAAGGAGAUAUGCACGGGCACUACAAAAGCUUGGUUUUCAAGUACGCUUCAGGAACUUCCGGGUAGUCAAUGUUCUUGGGACCUGUCGAAUGCCCUUUGGAAUUAAGAUCAUAGCAUUUUCAAAAAAAUAUAAGGAAGCAGACUAUGAACCAGAACUGCAUCCUGGUGUGACAUACAAACUGUAUAAUCCUAAGGCCACAUUGAAGAUAUUCUCUACGGGUGGAGUCACAAUUACAGCCCGCAGCGUGAACGACGUACAGUCAGCCGUUGAGCGCAUUUUCCCACUGGUGUACGAGUUCCGUAAGCCUCGUUCCGCAGCCGACGAAGAGGCCCUUCGGCAGAAGCGUGCGGCCCGCAACCGUCCACCAGUGGACAUCCAGCCCCGCAGAGAGAAACCUCAAGACAACAUGCUGCUUGUCACCCUCUCCGAAGAAGAGAACGAAUGGGAGUGACCCGCUACCACCCAAAUACACCAGUUUGAGCAAUAACUAUCGGUUGUCAAUGAAUUGUCCGUUCGGUUCAUGCCAAAGAUAUUUAUUAGGGCGGGUGCUUCAGCUUCGUUCGAGCCGCGGCGACGCUUUGACUAUUGCGAUCGGAGGCGUACUCCGAAACGUGAACUGAAUUAAUCUCCAUGCUUAUUUCUGAUUAACUUGAGAAACGUUUUGGAGUACGCGCCUCGGUGAUCCGAAACCAAAUCGUAGAGAAUAAAUCUCAUUAACGAUACUCAGUCUUUUCAUUUGCCGUUUCGUAGUGAUAAUAGUGUUCACAAUUGUUCUUAAGAUGUGAUGACUGAAUGAUGUUAGAUUAGUGAUUGUAAAUACAGCUUAGACAUUAUACGUUUCAAUAAAUGG